AUGGUGAAGGGGCUAUUGGAGGCAGAUGACUAUGUAUUUGCUUGUUCGUGGAAGGAAUAUGGACAAGGUUUCCAAGCAACCGCAGUUCUGGGCAAAGAUGAGAAGACUUCCAGAAAAUCAAAUGCGGAUCUUCAUCAGAAAAUCACUGAGUUAUGUGAUUGA